GACCGUACGGUCUAGCACUAACAAGUCUAUCGCGGCAGUUCAACUGUCGAAAUUUGUCCUAGUGACCUCUGUCCCUACGCGAACGAGCCUGACCUCAUCCGUAAUCUUGAUAAAAAGGUUGAUUACACAGUGGGUCUGGACCUAUCACGGCGAGCGUAGCGUGCCCUAUAGCGCGGUAUCUUCGCCGGCGCGCCUAGUAUUAACUAAACAGCGACCUUCGUGAAAUUUACGCCGCUGUUUCUACAAGUCGAAGUUAAGCGGCGCUAUGUAGCCGCCGAUCCAGCUGUACAGCUUGCCGCCUGGAUCGCUGUAGAGUUCAAUAGGCGCACUCUUGAGCGCUACCCCCUUGAUAUGCCAGUGUGGGCUCUCGAGAUCGAGGGAGAUCAGUGGUUACUAUAUACUGUACAUGCGGUACCGGAGCCUUGUGGUAAAGGAUUUAGCGUGGAGUUUGUAGGUCCGCAAUGUAUAGGGAAUACGUACGAUGUGGAAGAUGUAUAUACGCUGCUGCGGUCCCUAUUGGCGGUUGCAAGUUGGGGACAGUCCGUGUAUCGGCCGUGGUUUGAGGAGAAAAUACUCGCGCUCUACGAAGGUCAAGCAGAGAUAUACGUUGAAUGCAUUACUUACACGUAGGCG